GGAGAGAGAAAGAUUGUCUCUGCAAGGAUAAUGUCGGACUCGGCGGAGACGCCGAGUUCUUCCGAAACUGCUUCAGCUGCCACAAAUUCGACGAACACUUCACCUCCACCAAAAGAUUCACCGCCUCCUCCACCACCAGAUUCAUUGUCCGCCAGUCUUGUGUUAGCCUCUCCACCCUCUAAUAGUUCACCAACACCAACAUCAUCACCACCACCACCGCCUCCAGCAAGUGCAAGCUCUCCUCCUCCUUCACCUCCAUCAUCGUCAUCAUCACCGCCUUCCAACUCUUCCGCAUCGUCAUCACCACCGCCUUCCAACUCUCCGCCUCAUACUCAGGCACCCCCAACAAAUUCACAUCCUCCUCCGGCAGCCUCACCACCACCAACAUCCUCAACAUCUCCGUCGCCCAAUUUGUCACCACCACCAAUAUCUUCCACUUCUCCCCCUCCUACCCCCUCGAAGAAUGUGUCGCCCCCUGUAUCUGGCCAAUCAUCUCCUCCUCCUGGUAACUUCUCUCCAAAAUCACCGCCCCCAAGUGGAUUUGUUCCACCUCCUGCGUCACAGGGAACAACAGAGUCUCCACCUCCGCCAACAGAAUUUAUAGCCCCUCCUCCCCCAGUUUCAAAUGCGCUACCUACAUCAUCAAGUUCAAAUUCCACUUCAUCAACUGUGUCCCCUCCUACACAAUCCGCAAGUACUAGUGCAUCUAGGGGCUCAUCAUCUGAAAAUUCAUCCUCAACUUCCUCUAGUACGAAAUCGUACGCAACCAGCACCACGAUUUCUGUUAAUAACACAACCAAAGUAUUGAUUGGUGCAGUAGUGGUGGGCUCAGUACUAAUUGCAUUACUUGCAAUCAUUUUUGCUGUGAAAAGGAAAAAGAAAAGACAGGAUCCUUAUGCAACCCAUUACAUGCCCCCUAAAAAUUUUGUGGUGCAAACAGAUGGAUAUUACAACGGACAGCUGCCACAUGUUUCGGGUUUCUCUGGCCAGGCGAAUUACUCAUAUGGUUCGCAAAUUUCACAAUCACCAGAUAGCUAUGGGAGUCAAAACAACAGCGGAGAUACAGGUUUGAUAAGUGGCACUAAGACCCAUUUCAGCUAUGAAGAGGUGAUGGAAAUGACAAAUGGGUUUGCUAGUCAAAACAUUGUGGGUGAGGGUGGGUUUGGAUGUGUUUACAAGGGGCAAGUGCAAGAUGGGAGAGUGGUGGCUGUCAAGCAGCUUAAGAUAGGUAGUGGACAGGGCGACCGGGAAUUUAAGGCUGAAGUUGAGAUUAUCAGUCGGGUUCAUCAUCGGCAUUUGGUGUCAUUGGUAGGCUAUUGCAUCUGUGAUCGUCAACGCAUGCUCCUUUAUGAAUACGUUCCAAAUAAAACUCUUGAGCAUCAUUUGCAUGCAAAAGGAAUGCCGGUGUUGGAUUGGCCUAAAAGACUCAAAAUCGCCAUGGGUGCUGCAAAGGGUUUGGCGUAUUUACACGAAGAUUGCAAUCCAAAAAUUAUUCAUAGAGACAUUAAAUCAGCAAACAUUCUAUUGGAGGAUAACUUUGAAGCACAGGUAGCAGAUUUUGGGCUCGCCAGACUAAAUGAUACUUCUCAGACUCAUGUAUCAACUCGAGUCAUGGGGACAUUUGGGUACCUGGCACCAGAGUAUGCAUCAAGUGGAAAAUUGACAGAUAGGUCUGAUGUGUAUUCAUUUGGAGUUGUACUUCUGGAGCUUAUAACUGGAAGGAAACCUGUUGAUCCAACUCAGCCUUUGGGGGAUGAAAGUUUGGUUGAAUGGGCUCGUCCAAACCUCAUUCAUGCCAUUGAAACUGGUGAUCUUGGUGAAUUAGUUGAUCCUAGGCUUGAAAAGCGUUAUGUUGAGAGCGAAAUGUUGAGAAUGAUUGAGACAGCAGCCGCUUGUGUUCGCCAUUCUGCUCCAAAGCGGCCCAGGAUGGUGCAGGUGGUGAGAGCUUUGGACAGUGAAGACAUGUCUGAUCUCACAAAUGGUGUGAAGUAUGGCCAAAGCACUGCAUAUGAUUCUGGUCAGUACAAUCAGGACAUUAUGAGAUUCAGAAAGAUGGCUUUUGCCAGUGAUGACAGCUCCGAAUUUGACAGCGUCAGCAGAGAAUAUAGCUCCCAAGGACCACCAAUUUCAAAUUUCGCAAGUGCAGAGUUAGAAACUCAAGCCAUGAGAGAUGGUGUCGACAAGAGAUAUGGAGGGACUCAGGACAACUUAGGCAGUCGUCGGAAUAUGUAAAGGUGAUGGGGCAACAGACAUUUGCAUUAGCAGGACACGGCAACACCACAGCAGGCCACACCAGCAACAACUUGCAUUUCGACUUAAAAAAUUAACUUAAUUGUUUAGUUGCUUCAAAUGAGCAAUGGAAUU